AUGGCCUCAUCGUUUGAAGAUGGCCCUCCGGUUGCUUUGGGGUAUUCCGUCCUGGCAUUUGUCCAAGUGAUUCCAAUUCUGACAGAUAAUAGUGAUGCAGACAGAGGAACAGCACAAGUGGCCUUGUCAUCGCCGUUUGUCAAAAUCAAGCUGCAACGGCUAUCGAGGAGGCGCAAGUUGGGGAUAAAAUGGGAUUCUACGACAGAAGAUGGGGAAGGGUCGACAGAAUCCAAGGACCAGAAAACACAAAUUCGAGAAUCAGUGACUGCGAAUCGACUGAAACGAGGUUUUCUAUACUCGACCCAACGACAAUCCAUGCAAGGUCAAUUGGAUGAUCGGCCUACCCUGUCAUUUCCUUCUGAAGAUCCUCUGGUAUUGCAGCCCAUUCCGUGCCUUGUCAUUGCCCACGCUGUGAUGGAAGGAAUGAAGUUUCAAGGACGAAAUGCAGUGGCAGUGAUACUUGAUGGGACGCUAGUAAGGGUCUUGCCCGCCAUACCAGCUAGUUCUAUUGGUCGCAAUCCCUCCAGUUCGUCCUUACUGGAAAAACUCGUGGGAGAAGCUGCGUACUCUCCUCUCUCAAAGGAACUGUGCCUGGAAAUGGAACAUAAUAAUGACCCACAAACCAUCCAAGAACUGCAAUUGCGCAUGUUACUGUUACUCGCAGAGCCAAUUCACAUUGGGACCACAGCGGAUGCACUGUCGCAACUCGAGCAACAGAGCAAACGACAGCAUGCCUUGGCAUCUGCGAUUCGAACGUAUUCUCAGCAAAAACGACAUGGUCCUGGUACUAAUAUUGAUGGAGGAUAUAAUGUCCAUCGCACGACAACUAAAAAACAAUCAGCAACAGAUCAACAGGAACAACUCCCAUCCAUUCUGAGAGAUGGCGCCUUGUUGGUACACAGCCCUGACCAUGCAGCAGGAAAGACUACCCUCGUCAGGUACAUUGCUCAAGAAUGCUUGAAAUGCAAUGUGGUUCAUGUCAUUCAACCAGCCGCCCUGCUGGCCAAGUACGGAUCGCAAGCCGAUGCUGGACUUGAAUCCACAAUGCAUGCCAUUGUCACAACUGCCGCUGUCGCAAAACAGGCUACAAUCUGUAUUAUUCUGGAUCACUUCCAGGCCAUGAUGCCACCGGCACUAUCAUUGACUUCUGGGGCGGGAGAUGCUGCUGUUCCUGUGUUGCAUGCAAUGGCGGCACAACUCAAAUCCUUGAUCUUGUCGAUCCAACGCAGUCGACAGUUUCCGUUUCCAACCAAGAAUUCGCUCUACAAUGUUGCAGGAAAGGGUGGAUUUGUGUUUUCGGUACGACUCUGUUUGGUGGCCAUUGUCACGUGUCCCGAUAAUGGAUGGCGGUCGGCUGGGGUGACAGGUACUAGUAGCACGGGAAUUCUCAAUGCCCUGCCUAUGGGGACCUAUCGUCUCCCAGCCUUGAAUGCGGCAACUCGAAUAAGGGCAUUUGAAAGAGCGUUGGAACGAGAACGAAUCGAGCUGGCGGACAACGAUGCUAGGCAGCAAGUUCAAACUCUGGCCGUGGCAGCUCUUUGGGCCAAAGGUCGCCAAUUCACUCUAGUGGCAAAAAGGUUGCAACGACUGAUAGCUCUAGAGGGUACGUGCGCAGCCGCCACAGCCGAACAGGUUCAGCAAGCAUUUGACUUUUAUGCCAGUGGUAAGCCGGGUGGGACACAACUUGUUGCACGACAAAGAGCAUCAUCAUCCAAGUUGGAUCCGUUCUCUUCGGUUGGUGGCACGGGAGAGGCCAAGAAAGCUUUGCUCGAUGCUUUAACCUUGGAUGCCUCCAAGAGAGCUUUGCUAGACUCGAUGGGGCUGGAUUCUCCAAUUGGAGUACUUCUUUAUGGUCCACCUGGCUGCGGAAAGACGUUGCUUGCCAAGGCUGUAGCAUCAUACUUAGGAGCCGACAACCAACUGUUGGGAGGGGCGUUUAUUCCGCUGAACUCGAGCGAUAUCGUUCAGUCGGCGGUUGGGGAGAGUGAAAAGCUCAUUGUGAAUGCUUUUGUGGCGGCACGAGACAAUGCUCCUUCAGUUAUCUUUAUUGAUGAGUUCCAGGCUCUAUUCAUGGAACGGAGUAGCAGUGGAAGCUCAAAACUUUCGAGCACACUUUUGCAGUGCAUGGAUGAUGUCAAGCAAUGGAGGAAAGCCAACAAGUCAGUGUCGACGGCACCAACAGGGUCGUCCAAGACUGUAGUAGUGCUCGGCGCGACAAACACACCGUGGAUGUUGGAUAAGAGUUUUCUUCGGCCUGGACGUUUUGAUCGCAUCAUUCAUGUUGGUCUGCCAUCAGAACGUGAUCGUGAAGCGAUUCUGGGUGUGCAUAUCGGAAGAAUGCGCAUCAAGGGAGGAAAAGAUGCCGUGCCAACCAUCAGCAAACAUGUAGCCAACAAAACAGAGGGGUACAGUGGUGCUGAUCUCGCUGCGUUAUGCAACUCUGCUGCCAUACGAGCCCUCAUCGAGAAGUGCGACUGCAUAGAGGAGCAGCACUUUCUUGAGGAGGUUGAAAAGAAAACUGGCGGAAGCAGCAAUUCACAAUUAGUGCUACGCAACCAGAGUUGGAGGCCAUGA